AUGCACUUCGUGUCGCUCAGCUUUGAGACCAUUUCGGGCUCGGGCCCGAAUGGCGCCAUCAUCCACUACGACCCCAAGGAGGAGACGUGCGGCAGCGUGACCACGGACAAGAUGUACCUCAACGACUCGGGCGCGCAGUAUCUCGACGGCACGACGGACGUGACGCGCACGUCGCACUUCGGCACGCCGACGACCCACGAAAUCUACUGCUUUACGCACGUCCUCAAGGCGCACAUUGCGCUCGCGACUGCCGUCUUCCCCAACGACUGCGACGGCGUCAAGCUCGAUGCGCUCACUCGCGCGCCGUUGUGGCGCGCUGGGAUGGACUACCGCCACGGCACGGGCCACGGCGUCGGUGCGUUCUUGAACGUCCAUGAAAAGGGCGUGCUCAUGUCGUUCAAGCUCAACCCCACGGGUCUCUUGAUUGGCGAAAACAUGAUUGUCAGCAACGAGGUACGCUGUGCUGCGGUUGCGGGGGGAUGGGUAUCAUGCCACGUGUGUCUAGCCCGGCUACUACGAAGACGGCAACUUUGGCAUUCGCAUCGAGAGCUUGAUGGUCGCCAAGAAGGCCGACGGUCUUCCGACGACGUAUGGCCAGUUUUGCGUCUUUGAGACGAUCACCAUGUGCCCGAUCCAGCGCCGCCUCAUCGACACGGCGCUCCUCACGCCGGACGAGCUCGCGUGGCUCAACGCGUACCACGCGACCGUGCGCACGAAGCUUGCGCCGUUGCUUGUUGGCGCGCCGCUUUCGUACCUCCUCAAGGAGACGGAGCCGCUCGUGUUCGCUUGAGUCCUACUCUUUUUAAGUAGCUCAGCGUUAUUCCAGCGAAAUCCUUUGCCACGUCGAAUUGUCUGCACGUUGACUCUUGGAGGGAUGGUGUAGACUGGCGCCAAACGGAACUGGC